GGGCUGUUCCUAAGAGGGAAUUAAUAGAGCUCUAAGAAUUAAUUGAAGCAGGUCGGAGUUCACACAUCAGCGACAGGUGGAUAAGGAGAGUGAAGGGAUAAAUCUGGAUGUGAUCGCGUGCCCGCUCGAGACAGUGCAGCCAUGUUUAGCACCUUGAAAACGCUUUUUCGGCCCAAAACUGUGGCGGCAGUAGCUCAGAACCCUGGACCUCCGACACCAGCGCCUUCACCUGCACCUGCCCCAGCACCUGCUCCAGCACCUGCUCCUCCGACAAAGGAGGAAAAUGCAGAUGCAAAGAAAGAUGAAGAAAAAAAAGAAGAGAAAAAGGAGGAAAAGCCCGCCGAACCAGCUCCUGCAUCUGCACCAGCUUCAGCACCAGCUCCUGCUCCAGCACCUGCACCUGCACCUGCUCCAGAGCCCCCUAAACCAGACGCCAAACCAGCGGAUCCAGCCAAUCCCGGAGAAGCAGCUGCAGAGGGUGAGGAUGCACCAUCACCACCAACUCCACCCAUCGUCAUCAACAGAUACUGUGACGAGCACCUGCGAGACAUCGCGAAGAAACUACGGGAGAGGACAGAGCUUUUUAAGGAGAAAAUCAUAGACCCCUACUCCUCGUCCCCAGAGCACAGCCCACCCGUCACACCGGUUUACCGAAAGGAAGACUGGAUCAGAAAGCAGGAAGCAGAGAGAAUAAAACGAGAAGAGGCCGAGCAGAAGAAAAAAGAGGAGGAUGCUAAGAAAGCGGCGGCGAAGAAAGAAAAAGAGGAGAAAGAAAAGCAAGAGAAAGAGGAAAAGCUGAAAGCCGAGAAGGAGAAGGCCGAUAAGGAGGCGGCUGAAGCCAUCUGCCCAAAAAUCAAAUGCACAUGCAUAGACACACUUCUCAAACCUUUCGAAGACAUGAUGGAUACAUAUUUGGGGACAACCAUUGACCCUUUCACAGAUCGGCGGUAUAUUAAAUGGCUGAGUGUCGUCACAAUCGCUUUUAACUACAAUGUUUGGCUGGCCACGGCACGUUUGUGUUUCCCGUACCACACGCCUGUGACCAUCCCCUUCUGGAUCUUUUUUGAUAUCUUGGCAGACCUUGUGAACAUUAUAGAUAUCACCAUGUUUCAGCCGCGCUUACAGUUUGUGAAAGCAGGAGACAUCAUAAAAGACAGAAUAAUGGCAAAACAGAGGUACAGAGAAUCUGCCAGAUUUCAGACAGAUCUGAUAAGCAUCAUACCAUUUGAUUUGCUGUGCUUACACUUUGGGUUCACAUCGAUCUUUAGGAUGAACAGGUUUAUACGGUAUCAAUCAUUUUUUGAGUUCAGCGAUCGUCUGGAAAGCGUCAUGGCUAAGGCGUAUAUAUGGAGAGUUGGCCGCACUACUGGAUAUCUGCUCUUCUGUCUCCAUUUAAACUCCUGCCUUUACUAUGUUGCAUCAGAAUACGAGGGGCUGGGCAGCACUAAAUGGACAUAUGAUGGAAAAGGAAAUGCGUAUCUCCGCUGUUAUUAUUUUGCCACCCGUACGCUGAUCACUAUCGGAGGUCUCCCCGAGCCCAGUACGCUCUUUGAGAUUGUCUUCCAGCUGGUCAACUUCUUCACAGGAGUCUUUGUCUUCUCUAGCUUGAUUGGACAAAUGAGAGAUGUUAUUGGAGCAGCUACGGCGGGUCAGACCUACUUCCGCGCCUCUAUGGACUGCUGUGUGGCGUAUAUGAACACAUACACCAUCCCAAAACUGGUGCAGAACAGAGUACGCACCUGGUACAACUACACCUGGGACUCCCAGGGCAUGCUGGAUGAAUCGGAGUUAUUAGAAAAGAUGCCUCUGGUGAUGAGAACAGCCAUAGCUGUUGACAUCAACCUCGCUACCUUCCAGAAGAUCGACCUUUUCAAGGGCUGUGACAACCAGAUGCUUGUGGACAUGUUACUACGUCUGAAAUCCAUUGUGUACUUACCAGGAGACUUUGUGUGUAAGAAGGGUGACAUUGGGAGAGAAAUGUAUAUUAUUAAAGCCGGAGCGGUGCAGGUCAUCGGUGGACCGGACAAUACGAUUGUGUUCGUGACUCUGAAAGCAGGCUGUGUGUUUGGAGAGAUCAGUCUCUUACAGUCAGCAAAAGAUGGAGGCAAUAGAAGAACAGCAAACGUUGCUGCUCACGGAUUCGCCAACCUUUUUGUACUGGAUAAGAAAGAUCUCAAUGACAUCCUGGUCCAUUACCCCGAGUCUCAGAAAGUGCUGGCCAGGAAGGGACGGAAACUGAUGAAGGCCAAAGGCAAAGCUGCUCCUGUCAAAGAUGAAGGAGAAAAGAAGAAGGGAUUGGCAAUGUUUGGACAAAAACCACCCACUCCGAAAAUGUUACGUGCUUUUGGAGGCUUUGGGAAAGGAGGAUUACUGGAGAAACUCAGGGCUCAAGCAGCAGAAAACAAGAAUUGAAAAUUCCAUCCAUCCAUGACACUUACGACUAUCUCUAAAACAUCUAUUAAUCCAUCCACCCAUUUCGUCAUCCAUCUGUCCAUUUUACCAUCCAUCCAUUCAGAGCUACAGAAAUGUGAUUAAAACUGUAAAUACUGACUGUAUGUUUCUGAUUUGUAGUUGGUUUAGUGAAAGUUUCUUUUCAAACUAUAAUUUUGAACUUAUUACCCAAUCUGUUCAGCACUUUAGGCAGUGUCAUGGAGGAUGGGUUUCCUGGCCUUUGCAUACUGUAAAUAGGUCAAUGUUUUUCAUAAAAUAAAAAUAAAAUGUUUAA